CCCAUCGUUUUGUCGCCGAAGGUUUUAGACACCCGCAGUCUCUUUCAUUUCAUCUCUAUUGUCUCCGUCGGCCCCAAAAGAUUUCUAUCAAAUUUCGAUCCAUUCGAGUCGCCGUCGACAGCCCGACUUCACUCUUCUCCCCGUCGUCUUUCACCGUCGAGCCGCCGCUGCAUUACUUUUCCGGCCGUUUUGCAGGAAGGUCCUCAAGGGGUCAGCGGUAAGCGUUGCUUGUUAGAGUUUGACAGAGAUGAAAACGGUGGUGGGGAUGGUGGUUUCCAAUAAGAUGCAGAAAUCAGUGGUGGUGGCAGUGGACAGGCUGUUCCAUCACAAGCUCUACAACCGAUACGUGAAGAGGACCUCCAAGUUCAUGGCCCAUGACGAGCACAAUCACUGCAACAUUGGCGACCGAGUUCGAUUGGAUCCCUCGAGGCCUCUGAGCAAGCGCAAGCAUUGGGUUGUGGCUGAAAUCCUCACCAAAGCACGCAUCUACCAGCCUCCUGUACCAUCAGAUUCACCUUCAGCUUCAACUCAGUUUAAUUCUUAAGGUAUUGUUCAUUCCAACUGCUAUUAUGUUUCCUUUCUUCAACUACGAUUAGCUCUUUUUUCGAAGUUGGUUCGAAUACUCCAUAGUUCACCUUUUUCCCUAAACCCUUUGCCAACACAAGACUCCUAAAUGUAAGUUUUGACAAGACGUUAGACCCGGUAUUUUUUGAGUAUUUUUUUUGUAUGGGUGAAUGUUUUCUCUUACAAUCCAGAACCUAAUCGUGUACUGAAUUUUCAAACCAGAUACUCUGGAUAAAUCCCAUAAUUGCAUCAAUGUUCAUUAAGA